UCCGGCUCAAACGUUAACUAACCACCUCUGACCAGAGGUCCUGCAAAUUCCUACCGUGGGCCCCGGGGAGUGGGCCCGAGCAGGGAGGCGCCCUCCGGCUCCCUCUCCCCGACUUGAAGAAGCAGAAGAAACUGUACCAGCAAAGGCCGGACCCCCAGCGGCGGCUGGAGACCCAGCCCUUGCAACUUCAAUCUUCCCAGGGAGCCCAGGCGGAAACGCUGGUUUGGAUAGAGGCGGGAACUGCUUCGGGCUGAGACAGACAACCGGUGACCUGACUGACGCAAACCCCAAACAACGCUCGACUCGGCAGCAGAGAUACGGCCCGAGUCCUGAGGUCGCCAGGGCUCCCAGCUGACCGCCGACUAACGCUGUGCUUCCCCGUGCCCCAAGUGCACACUAGAGGCGAAGCUCGAGUGGGCCCGAGCGCAGGGCGCACGCUCUCCAGGGGCGGUGCCUGAGACCAGAGGGGCCCGAGUGCCUGACGCGGGCGGAGCCAGGGCGGACAGGGUAGCGCGGCGCACGCGCGGCGGCGACGGCGGUCGCAAUGGCGCCCCCUCAGCGGGUUCGGGUGUUGCGGUGCUCCUGCUGCCGCCUCUUCCAGGCGCACCAGGUGAAAAAGAGUCUCAAAUGGACAUGCAAAGCUUGUGGAGAGAAGCAGUCAUUUUUGCGGGCUUACGGUGAGGGCUCUGGUGCUGACUGUAGACACCACGUCCAAAAAUUAAAUCUGCUGCAGGGACAGAUUUCAGAGAUGUCACUCAGGUCUCUGGAAGAAUCCAUAAAUGCCGACGAGGAGGAAAAUGCACGUCCUCGGCAGCCUGCGCCUGCAAGUCUGCAGGAAAAACUCCAGCCCUCAAAGAACCGCUGGCUGAAGUAUCUGGAAAAGGACUCCAAGGAACUGGAGCUGGAAGAAGGAGGAGUGUGUUUCAACAGGCAGCCCUCAUCCAAGAGAGAGAAGCCAGACCCUCCCUUCAGUACAGGCCUGCCUAGAAAAAGGAAAUGGAGCCAGAGCACAGUCCAGCCUCCAUGCAGCCCUAAUGUCCAGGACUCCAGGAACUGUGAGGUCACCUUCAAGUCCCUGAAGGACCGUUCCCUUCAUCCUGCAUGGAGUACCGGGUCUUUGUCAGACUGUUCAGCUUGGGACCUGCCCUUGGUUUCUGAGGAACUGUCACCUUCAUUUAUCCAGGCACCCAGGCAGAGGAACCCUGCCAGGCAUUUGUCGCUGCCACGCCCCAACACAGGCCAGGGUCAUCCUGGCCACCUUCAGACGGUAGUGGAGAGUGCCCGUCCAAAGCCAAGAGGCAGCAGUCAAACUCUGGUGUUGCUAGUAACUAGCUAUGUGACCCCCAGGCGUGAAACCCAAUUUUCAAUGCAUCCUUGUUUCCUGAGGUAGAAGGGAGAAGCCAGGCCUCUGUCACUGUCACAUCCCCUGGGGUAUUCUGUGCAGCCACUUCUACAGCUUCAAAACCCUGAACAUGGUUCUAGAGAGACCUUCCCAGCUGCCUGGCAAUGAGCACAUGGUCUUUCCAGGUGGGCUCUAGGGCCCUUCCUGCUCGCACCCCUCAGGCACUCCCUCACCUGAUGCUAAGGUCCCCAUGACAUCCCCUGAUCACAUGAGAACAUCUUCCUUUUUUGGGAAGCCUGGUCAUGGAAUUUGGCAGAGGAUUUGGAGUGACGGAGAGGGCAUUUAUUUGCUGUGCUUUGCUAAACCUCAAAAUCAAGGCAUGUCCCUAGCCUGCCAGGCUACAGAAUAGUAGACAGCACAGAGCAGAAAGUGUCAGCGCCCAGAGGUACAGCCAAGGCCUAGUACAGGCACAGGACCCUCCUCUCCUUGUCCCUUGAGCCUGCUGGGCAUUCUUCUGAAUGGAGAACAUGGCCAUCAUCUUGUGU